AUUGGACUGGCGAGUGUGUAUUAUGGAACGGAUCUUUUGGUGGUAAAGAAGGAAUAUGAAGUUGCUAGUGAUAUUUGCCGCAGCGCUGCUUGGCGUUCAAGCAGUACGAGUGCCGUAUAUAGUCACCGACGAGAAUGGCGAGAAAUAUCAAAUACUUUUACCGCAGGGGGGGCAGGGACAAGGACAAGGGCAACAACAACAACCGUCAUAUGUCAAUGUAGCUAAUCAGCCUGCAUACGAUUUUAAUCCGCAAAAUUACCAGUUGUAUUUGCCACCCAACCAACAAGCGGUGGUGAACUAUCCACGUGGCGUGGAACUAGUCAGACAACCCGUUGCAAGAGGUCUAGGAGAGUUAUACCUACCACUUGGUGUGAGCAAAGAGAUAGCGCCCGACUACGAGGACAGUGAUGAAGACUACAAGUGGCGACCUGUGUAUAGGAAAGCACAAUCCGCGCAGCGUGAAGACUCAGCCAAGGAGUCCGACUCAGAUUCCAGUGAAGAAGAUGAGGAUAAACGUAAACGGAAGAAGCAAAAGGUGCAAAAACGUAAAGACUCCGGUUCGAAUGAGGAAGACGAUAGUAAUGAUGAUGACGUGGAUGAUGAAGAGGAGGAGGACAAAAAUGUGGACGUCUACAACUUGAUUUUGCCAAAUAAUAUACCCCAACAAGUGCACAUACCCGGUUUGGGUGUCGUCAAUCGACCGGCAGUUAAAAAGGUCAAGGUUGAAGUGCCACACUAUGCAGACGCCUUCCUCAGGCAACAAAUAAUCGAGCAGUUUUUGGCUGCACAAGGUUUAAAUCCACAAGCUUUUGAUGUGCAGGCGUUAAUCGCACAGAAAGCACGCGUACAGAAUCCCUACAAUACCGGUUGGGAUCUACAAUACUCAGAUAACCAACAAGCAGUGGAAACACGUAAGUACAGAAGACCAAUUAAUCUACAACAACUUAUGUAUGUCACUGUGCCGGAGCGUAAGAGACGUGCAGCGCCUGCGGUGAGCAGCACUGAAACUACUCUGGAGUCCACCACCACAAACACUUUAGAUAUCACAACAGUACCUGAUGUAACUGAGACGAGUACAAUUCUGGAAACGACAACAAUGACCGCGUCCCCGGAAGAAGUUACCGUCACUACAGAACCAACUCAAGCGACCACGGCGCAACCGUUGGUAGCUGUAAUUACGAGCCAUCCAAUACUCGAAAUCGAGCUCGAACCAGAGCCGGAACCCUUUAUACCGCUCUUCGGUUACGGCUCCAUACUACCAGCGGAGGUUUCGCGUGUGCCUUUCGUGCCAAGAAUAGCUGUCGAUACAGAGGUCACCUCAACCAGCGCACCAGUUGAAGACGUGAAACCACUUUUCGCAAUACACAGUCGUCACGCACGUGCUGUACCCUUUGAUAUAAAAGAUUCCACAAAACUAAAGCAGGCGACACCAGUGCCACCUGUGCCGAAGACAGAUGUGCGUGGUCCGAAAAUGUCUGCUCUACCGAAGUCGCGUUCGCUACGCGCUGUGGAUGUUGAUAUUGUGACGCCGCCGCCGGUAGUUACGGAGACUGAUGCUGCUGUUGCUCCUAAAGUCGUGCAGUCGACUACAACGGUGAACUGUGAUAUUGAGUGCACUAAAUUUGAUUUGAAUCCGGUUUGUGCCUUCAAUGGCGAAUGCUAUCAUGAAUUCCCGAAUCAAUGCGCCAUGGACACAUUCGUUUGUCAGCGGCCGGAAUUGGGUUUCACGUCUACGCCGCGAGAACGCUGUGUUAUGCAUUGGCUUACGCGUUGUACCUCGCAAGAUUUCAAGAAUGAGUAGUGGGUAUUCUUUGUAUUGUCAAGGAUGAAGUUAGUUUUAUAUGGAAGGAGACAACUUUUUUAUACUUUCUAUGUCAUAAAUUUAAUUUAAGAAUUUAUA